AGCAACUGCUCAAGGCUGAGGUUCAGUAUAUAACGUGAAACGACGGCUGAAGCCGUCAGUUCGGUCUCAGUCACCAAGAACGAAAUCAUCGACAUGUUUCAACUGUUUGUGGUAUUCGUAGCCAUCCUCAGCGUCUCUACGGCGCAUCCAGGCGGUUACGGCAACGGUGGUGGUGAUGGUUACGGCUAUGGAGGGGCUCCAAUGCCCUACUACUUCGACUACAGCGUCAAAGGCGACUACAAAGGGCCAUAUUUCGGACAGAACGAAAAGUCCGACGGAAAGGGCAACGUCCACGGAUCAUACACCGUCGCUCUUCCCGACGGUCGCAAACAACACGUCGAUUACACAGCCGAUCACUACAACGGAUUCGUGGCUAAAGUCAGCUACUCGGGAAAAGCCCAACAUCCAGCCUAUUACGGACCAGCCGUCGUUUUCGAUCAAAACGGAGGCGGCUAUCACUGAAAAUUAUACUCGCUAACGGCAUCCCAUUUCAUCUUGAACUCGCUCUGUCUAUGGAACUUUUUUUCAUUUAAAGCUCAAUAAAAGUUUAAAAAAAAUA